AGAGCAACAAGCUAACUAGUAAAGAAAAAUACAUGAAUUUGAAUGUCUUUAACGUGACAAGGAAUUAUAAUCGGUAACUAACGAACGACGCUAGAGCGUAGAAGCGACAAUUAAGUUUUUAUGUGCUUUUCUAAACUCUCGAGACGAAACGAAACUAUUUUUCGGAAUUCUUUAAUCAUUACUUUGUGCAACCGUGCGCAUUCUUUUUUCGAUUUGAUAUUUUUUUGUGACGUAUAUUGCGAUUUUUCUCGACAGUGUGACGUAUUUUAUUUUCGAAACGAGUUUUUUUUUUAAUAGUGUUGUAACAAAUUUUGUAUUGUACAAAAGUUUUUAUUCGAAUGAUAUAAGAAGUGAAAUGGUGUCGUGACUGUUUCUUUCUUGCGAUGGAAAGAAGUGUUUUGGCGGACACGAGACACGUUCACUGGGCUUCCGAACUGCACUCGGAAUACCGCAGCACUUACCGAUGGCACGAGUUCAAACAGCAACAGCAGCAGCAGGAUGGCGUGGUCAAGCAACCGGCCAAGACGCCGCCUUCUGCAUUGCCUCUGUCGAGAGGCAACAUGGAGCCAGCAAUGCCUCGCCGGAAGAAGUAUCCUGGUGUUGCGUACAAGAGCAACGAAUUCUUUGAUCCGGCGCCGGCCGAUGAUAUCCGGCCACAGACCACUUCCGGUUUCGAUCGGGCUAGGAGCGUGCAACGAAACGAGAAUGACCGCGCAGGGCGGCGAAGUAAGUCAGAAGGGCCUCGGCAGACGCGCUGGACCGAUACCGUCGAGCCGAAGGUAACCACAGCCCUAGGCGAGAUGAUGGCAACAAAAGAACCUGUGGUGGUCAGCACGGAGUACCGGAAUCAAUUUGCAUGGCCGAAGGAUGCAACGGACUCAGUUCCUAGGAAGAGCAUCUCCAUGGGUGCACUCAAGAAAGCCGCUGUUGCAGAAGGGUCAACGGAAGCCGAACCUCUGAUGAAUCAUCAUGAUGGUGACCACGACGAGGGUCAGAAACGCUACAUAGAAGACUAUCUCUGGAAUGGGCAGAAGCCUGGCGUCCAAAGAAAAUCGACGUUCCGUAGCGCGCUAUCGGCCUUCAUAUCCAACGGGGAGGAUCGUACCAAAGAUAAUAGGAAACGUUACAAAAGCGAGUACAAAAAGAAAUUUAGACCGUUCUCUCAAUACGUGUACGAGGCGUCUAAAGGGACAUUUACGAAAUGCAGGGGGAAAGGGAAGUCAAAUGAGGAGGCGAGCGAGAGGAUGCUGGGGUCGGGGGAGGGGGGAACUGAGGGGGAGGACAGCGCGAGUACGCUGCGUGCCGCCGGCCUGCAGCCGCUCGUGCGGCCCUCACAGCCGAACGACUCCUGGUACCGCGAGGUCCUGGACUUGCGCAAGCGCGCCGGCGAGUACAAGUACCGCGGCUGGGGCACGGAGCUAGCCCCGGAACACAUCACUCAGCUUUACAAUAAACAGAUCGAACUGUGGUACCAAGUGUCGAGACGAUCCUCGCUGUCCGCCCUAUCACUUGCUUCCACCAAUCACAAAGCUCUACCCCGGGAUGAGAAAGACGGGAAGGACUCCAAAAACCAAUCCCCAAAGAAGUUCCGGUCUUUCCGCUCUGCGCCCCAUCAGUCCAUUCAUGCGAAGCUUCAGGAGUCGAAGGAGCGUUCCCCGCAUAAGACAUCGCCGCAGAAGCAAAGGAAGAAGUUACAGGGGCAUAGUUUCGAUGAAAACGCUGCUCAGGACGGAGCUAAAACCGAUAGUGGUGCGUUCCGGUCACCACGGCGGCGGCCGCGUUCCGCUGACCCUGCGCCUGCGCAUACGCAGAACAAGCAUCUGCCCAACGGGCACGAGCCCCAUCCUCGCCCAGCCAAGCCUACAGGUUUGCCGUUGAAUAGAGGAGGUAGUAAUAGAGUUAGGUCAACAUCGCGAGGUGGACGGUCGCCGUCAGUGCCGAGCAAAAAUGUGACUACUGGGGCAAGUGGGACAUUGGUCAAUGGGACCCUUGGGGCUCCGGGACGGGGCCGCCGCAGUCGCAGCGUCUCAAAAGUGGGCAUAAAACUGGAUGAUGAAAUUCCAUCUCACCGCAGUGCGUCUGUGGCAAAAGACCACUUCUUCGACGACUCCCCAGUCGUGAAAUCUCCACCAGAACCGACCAGGGUCAAGUCCCCAGAACAGAUGAACAUGAGGUCCCCGGACCCAGUGAAUUGGACUGUUCCCCUGGACACUGGGAAAACAUUUACUGUAACCCAGAAUGUGAAAAGCGAUGAGAGCGUUAAGCGCCCUAGCUCUGAGUUUAAGGGUGGCUCAGUGGCAGAAGACCCGAAACCAGCAGAAAUCGCACCGAUCCACCAUCAACAAAUGUCUCCGAUUCGUUCGUUAAAGAAGAGCGAGUCGCCUACCAGCAGCAAACGUACUGAUAAAACGCCAACUACCCCAAUUAGCCUGACUCCCAUCGAUGAAACCAAGGCCCUAGAUAUGAAACAAGUCAAUGGCGUUAAUGGAGUCAACGGUGUGAACGGUGUUAACAGCAACCAGCUUACUCCCGAAACACCAUCCCAAGAAGCUGUAAAAGAGGAGGUCGUCAAGAAAUCCACAGAGGCAACUCAAGUUGCUCCAGGGGUGGUUGACACCACUGUCGUCAACGAAUCUCCAAGCUCUGGAGGUAUAACUGCCGCUGAAGUUCUUGACAAGGCCCGCACGAGGUUUGACAAGUUCUGGGGGAAGAAAGAAGAAGACAACGUUUAGGAGUUUCAAUAGUAAAUCUUUCCACUUGAAGUGUGAUUUUCAAAAUGACUGCUCGCUGUUUAUAUUAUAAUAAGUUGUUCCUCAAUCGCAAUUAAAUUGAUUAUUGACUAAUGCACUUUUAUAUAACUUUUUGUAAUAUAAAUUGCAAGCAAUAUUGAGCUUCGUUUACAUAAAUA